AUGUUGGAAACUGAAUCCUGCAAAAUAAUGACAGCUGUUGGUAACUACUUGAAUAAUGAUCAACAAGUACAGAAUUCAAUAUCUCUUCCAAGUAGUUCGAAAGCCGUUCGAAAAUCAAAUUGUCAAGUUUGCCACGUGGAUGUCUGCACAACAGCACGCCAACGACACGUUUAUCAAUUUCACCUGCGAAUUUCUGAUCUUUUCCAGUGUUCAUGUUGUGACUAUACAAAUAAUAACUCAGUUUGGGAGAUGCGUAAACACUGUACAUCUAUUCAUCAAGGCAAUGCAUAUCCUAUCAGUAAUGAAGAAGUUCAUAAGCAUGAAAUACAGAAUUGGAAUCAGCAAUGUUUCCCGGAUUGGAAGCUGAAGAAAUCACCUUUGUCAAGACAAAAAACAAUAACACUGGAGCAAAAUCAAAUCACUCCGGACGAUAGAGAACUAAAAAUGGUUAGCCAUGGACGUGUUGCAAAUACAUCUUGCGAUGAAGUAGACAGCUGUAAGAUGAAUAGUGAUAAUCAGACACAAUCAAUCAUAGGAGCUGUUGUAGACGAUCGGACGUGUCAUCUGUGCUGGGAAGAAUCUCGUUAUCCAGGACGUCACAUAGCUCAAAAACAUUUGAAGAAAUCACUAUACCAAUGUCCAGUUUGUCAAGAUUUUGGAAGUUACGAAAGUUGUACCGUUGCUAAACAUAUCAGCAAAAUUCAUCCGGAACAGUGUGAUGCUAUUCCCAUCUCCAAUUUGGAUAGAUAUGCUCAGGAAAUUCGUGACUUACAGAAGAAAUGUUUUCCAAACCGACCAAUGAAGCUUGUUCGACCUCAUGUCGGUCGUUAUCGUCCUCGAGAGCGUCACAUUUGCCAAAUUUGUAAAAUACAGGUGGCGCAAUCAGAUCGUCAACGGCAUGUAUACCAUCGUCAUUUAAAGCAACAACGUAUUUUCGAAUGCCCUCUUUGCUCUUUUGCUUCAAACUACGAUAUACAUCGUGUGAAGUGGCAUAUUAAAUGGAUGCAUAAAGAUGAUUCAAACAGAGAACCUUAUUCUCAUGAAAAUGAUUAUAAAGAAGAAAUAGAUCGAUUAAACGAGCGAUGUUUUCCGGGUUGGCAACAUAGGCGGAGGCAGUUUUGGUGGUUGGACAUCGAAGAAACCAAGCAAAAUGUAAAGAAAAAUGUGAUAGCAGAUGUUGAGGAAGAGAAGAAAUCAACGGAGGUAGUCAUUAGUAAACCACCUGUACUUCAGGAAGAGCCUUGUAAAAAACCGAAUGAAUGGACCUGCAUGCUUUGCAAAAAAGAAUUUAAACCUUCAUCGAAUUUCUUACGUCACGUAGCGAAGGAUCAUCUCAAGAUUUUCCUUUAUCAGUGUCCAAUAUGUAAAGGUCGUGGAGGACAAGAUGCCUAUGAAAUACGAUCUCAUAUGGAGAAAUUACACGGUGAAUGUAUGGAAGAACCCGUGUCGAAUAUCGAAGAGCAUGCAGACGAAUUACAGAAAAUGUAUCAGCAAUGUUUUCCAGGACGAAGGCUCAAGAACUUGUGGUCAGAAAAGAAAGCGAGUGAAAAUGGGAAGACUUUCGAAGCACUUAAGGUUCAGUGUCAUGAAUGUGGCCAAGAAAUGAAGACUGAAGAUCGACAGAUUCAUGUAUACAGACAUCAUCUAAAGGAACCCCAUCUUUACCAAUGUCCACUUUGUGAAUUCUCUCAUCACGCUUGUUCAUCAGACGUCAGGGCGCAUAUCAAAUAUGCGCAUCGAGAUAACGCAGAUUUAGCACCCACAGCAAAUCUACUGAAAUUUUCAAAAGAAAUAGCAAUAUGGAACUUACGUUGUUUUCCGGGUUGGAUCAAUCGUCGUUUACCAACUUCUGCACUAGAAGAUUUCAAUAAAUGUCGAGUUUGUGAUGUGGAAGUGCGUCAAACUUCACGUCAUAUUGCUGAAGUUCAUUUGAAAAUGUCACUUCAUCAGUGUCCUCUUUGUGAUUACGGUGCUGCCGAGAGUCGUCUUGUCCGAAGACAUAUGAAAAAUGGACACAGAAGGAAGGAAGUUAAAGGUCUAGAACCGAUAGCUAAUGUGAUUGAACAUCGAGCAGAUUUCUCGGAAAUGCAUGACCGCUGCUUUCCGGGACGACCAAAACGUUUAUCGAAUAUUACUAUUUCUGAAGAAGGACGUAGGGCGAAAUGCCGCCAGUGUGGCGCUACAAUUAGUAAGAAACGACGAAUGGCUCAUCUACUAGAAAAGCAUCUUAAAAAAGUUAUUUUCAGAUGCUCGCUAUGUCCAUUUGAAUCAUUGCAUGACGAGAAUGCUGUGAUUGCUCAUAUCCAGAAGGAACACAGCGGGAGAGACGCUCUUGUAAUUAACGAUCUUCUCAAAUAUAAAACAGAAGCAGAAAUGAUGGCAAGAAAUUGCUUCGUAAAUUGGCAAUUAUUAAUUUGA